AUGACAGGUAGGACGGACCAAAAGACCGAGCGGGUCUUCUCGUUCAACAAGGACAAAGUGUAUCAGCAUUCACGCUAUGUGUCCUACGCCCUCAAGACAGACACUCGCAAUAAUCGACGCCAGUUUCACGCCGUUUAUGGCUCCAUGCCCGUCAGUAGCUCUGCCCGGAAGAGCGGUAUUCCGGUAGCUCCGAGACCUUCCGAGUCGGAUGCGUUGCUUGGCAGCAGUGACCAGCAUAGCAAUCAGAGUGAGACGGAUAGUGACAGUGACGGCAGCUGCACAGUCAGCAGCAGCACGUCGAGCUCAUUGCAAUCCAUUCUGAGAAUACCGUCGGCUGAUUUUUCAUGUCGAAAUCUAAAGAAAAAUGCAUCGGUUGAGUUUGCACUCGAUAUUCACGACGAAGAUGACGACCAAGCUGCCAAACGGAAGCUCGAAGGAUCAUGCGCCUCGCGAUGUAUGCCACGUCGAUUGACAAUGGAGGAAAAAGCAGCGUUGUACCAAGUACGACCCGACUUGGAGCUCGUCCCUACAAUCUUGUUGCUGUCUGAACUUGAAGAAAUACGGAGACGACGUCAACGCAAACUCAUGUUUUCCAUCCUGGGCGCAUCACUCAUUUUGUUGAUGCUGAUCGUCUUUUACUACCUCGUCUCGCAAAUGUGA